CGUGCACCGUGCAUCUCACGCUGGACACAAACGAAACGAAAGAUCUCUCAAGGGAACGCUUCUAAUGAAGAUGGCCGUAAAAGGUUUUGUGCUGUGCGCCCGUCACCCAUGCACAGCAUCACAGAGAACGUUUCCGUCGGAUUUGGUGGCUUCCGGAUGGUUUUUUAUCCUUUUUGGUUAACAUUGUUAUGUGAAGUGGACCCUGGACUGAGAAGUAGAGGCUCAACCGAUCGAUCCGGACCUGACGGCGAAGCUGCUGGGCCGCGGGGUGGCCGUCUCGCCGGUCGUAACGGUGGAACCGAGGCGCCGUAAAUUCCACAAGGCAAUCACGCUGAGUAUGCCGGCACCGCGGGCCCACAGCCAGGGGAUGAUCAAUCAAUACUCUGGCAGCGCGCCCACCCUCCGACUGUUGUGCUCCAUCACCGGUGUGUUUCGGAAAAGAUCUCUGAAAGGUGGUACGACCCGGGCCCAAUGGGAGGAUGUAACUGGAUCGACGCCGCUCACGUUCGUGAACGAUUGCGUAUCGUUCACGACCACCGUAUCGGCACGGUUCUGGCUGAUGGACUGUCGCAACAUAGCCGAUGCAACCAAGAUGGCAACCGAGCUGUACAAAGAAGCCAUACACGUACCGUUUAUGGCCAAGUUUGUCGUGUUCGCCAAGCGUACCGAUCCGCUAGAGGCGCGUCUCCGCGUCUUCUGCAUGACAGACGAUCGUGAGGACAAGACGCUCGAGCACCAGGAACAUUUUACCGAGGUGGCCAAGAGCCGCGACGUGGAGGUGCUGGAGGACAAGCCGCAGUACAUCGAGCUGGCCGGCAACCUCGUGCCGGUGACCAAGUCGGGCGAGCAGCUCGCCCUCCCGUUCAAGGCGUUCCGCGAGAACCGGCUGCCGUUCGCCGUGCGCGUCAAGGACCAGCACGCGGACAUCGUCGGCCGGACGCUGUUUAUGCGCGAGCCCAAGAUUGCCAAGGGUGAGCCGCCGCAGCAGCCGAUCUGCAUACUGAACAUCGUGCUGCCGGAAACGAUCAUACCGGAGCAGACGACCACGAUAACGGACUCGCACGAAAUUAUGCUACGCGUCGGGCGGGUGCGUGCCGUCGUACCACCGCGCCAGCUCGUCGACGACCAGAACUAUCUAGGCGAGCUGCGCAUCGUCGACAUUUCCAACCUGCUCGGCGAGGACUGGAUCCGGCUCGCGCCAGAAAUCGGCGUGAGCGAGACGGACGUGGAGAACAUUGUCGCCCAGAUACCGGCCAGCACGGCCCAGCAGGCGCAGGCCAUGCUGAAGCAGUUCCAGUCGAAACCGAACAAUGACUUUAACAUACUGGAGAACGGGCUGCGCACCAUCCACCGGGACGAUAUCGUGGAGCGGUGCAUACGCAGUGCGACCACCACCGGCACCACCACCACCGUUACGAUGCGCAACAAGACCUCCUUCUCGAUCGGCAAGCGCAGUGUCGAGGCGGUGGAGUUGCUCUCCGAAACGGAUUCCAUUGCAAAGAUGGCACAAAAAGAAGAUCGCCUCUCGAAACAGGAAUCUACGAAGUAUUCGGCAGAGGAGAAAACCGUCGAAGAGUCGGAAGAAUCGGAGGAGGAGAUGGUGAAGAAAACGGUGGCGGAGCGGCGGAAGCAGAUCGAGAAGCGCCUGUCAGCGGACCGUUCAAUACCGGCCUCGACGCAGAAGCGCGAGAUCGUGGAGGAGAUCAUCACCAUCAAGCGGCAGAGCGUUAUCGACGAUACGCGCGCCAAGCACGAGGAAGAGAUACUGCUCCAGAAACCAAUCGACAACACGUACAAAUCGUCCACCAUGCCCGAGCCGGUGGUGAAGCUAAAAACGACCGUCGUCAAGGAUGGACCGGGCGUGCGGAAGGACGAGUUCGAACAGGAGCUGCAGGACAAGUUUAAGGUGACGCUGAAGAACGUGGAAGAGUUCGAGCACCGGUCGGAGGUGCUGGAGCAGCUGGCCACGGAAACGACCGUCGCCGCAUCGUCGCCGCGCGUGGUCGAGGAGAUCAAGAAGAAGGUGGAGGAGCGUGUCCCAGCCGCGCUGGACGAGCCGACGGUGCCAGCGGAGCAGCAGCCGGUCGAAAGUGCCGUGCCGCCGGUGCCGAAAGAGCGUGCACCGGUGCCGGCAAAGCGCACCAGUCUCACCAAGGAACCGGAAGAGUUCCAGGGCGUCGUGGAAGAAUCGAUCAAGGACGUGAAGCAACGAAUCAGCUCGUUCGAGACGAAGUCCAAGACGGAAUCGCUCGUGGACAGCAAGCAGUCGUCGGUGGACACGACCAGCGGGCGUGAAUCGUGGAGCGACGAUCAUCGGCAGGCGAGCAAGCGCACAGACUCGGAGCAAAUCUCGGAGGACUCCGAGCAGGAACCGUUGCUCCGCAGGGACGAGCAUUCCAGCGUCCAGCGCACGGUUGGCGAAUCGUCCGUGGUAACGACAACGCAACAGGCGUUCACCACCGUCGAGCAGCUGGAACGGCACGAUGUGUUGCAUGCCGUCGAGGAGAAGAGGGAAAGUUUGCUGGAAGCUUUCGGUGCUGCCGACGCCGGUCCGGCACAGUCGAAGGAGCCGGACUCGGAACCGUCGUCGCUUUCGGAAGCCACCGGCAGCAGCACCUCCAGGCGGGAGGAAAGCAUCUCCCAGCACUUCAAGUCGGAAACGGUCAGCAAGGUGGAGGAAACGGUCACCAAGAUGUCCACAACGGUGGAAACGAAAACGGUGGCCGGCCUGCCCGAAGGCCUUGACGCGUUCACCCUCGGCAAGGGCGAUGAGACAAUCGUGCGCGAAGAGUUUGUGGCGCGCAGUGCCGAGAGCAGCAGCAUCGUCGACCGCACGGUGGAGUCGGUGGUGCGCGAGGUGCGCGACCAGGAGCCGGCCGUCGAGAAGCGGGACAUGCACCGCGAGGUGAAGGAAACGGCCGACAAGAUGGCCGCUCUGAGCAGCGUAGAAACGGUACAGAUCGGCGAGGGGACCGCCCCGCAAGUGUCCACCGCCGCGGCGUACACCGUCGAGCGGUUCGAGGGGCUGCAGUCGGAGGUGGUCAGCCAGGAUGCGGCCGGUAUGGUGGCGGAGCGAACUGGUACGGCCGUGAGCAGCGUCGAAACCGGCGUUAGCCAGGGCGAGGACACGGUCAGCGAGAAGAUUGUCGAGCGGGAGGAAGAGGUGCGCCGCCGGGUCGAGGAGAACGUGUCGAUCGACAAGCCGGUGGUGCAGGAGACGGUGGCGCGCACGGUUACGCAGGAAGUUACCUCCAAAAUUCCGGUGCCGUCGAAGAAAAGCUCACCGGAAGCAAAGGACCAACCGCCCAUGCCGGCCGCCCAGCCAGCGGACGGUGAACCGUCGGCGGUCGAUCGCAUGGAAACCGCAGACCAACCGAAACAGACAAUCGAGCAGCAACAGGCAGAGCUGUCGUCCCGGGCGGAGGAGAUGAUCGAGUCAGUGGUUGAGCAUGCGGAGUCGGUCGCUUCCAGGAUUCCACGCUUCGGCACGACCAAGCCGGCCGCCCCGAAGCCGGAAGCAGUGGUGGCGGCAAGGUCGCCCGAACCGGACAGCUCCAGCCUGUCGAAGAUUCCGGUCCUGAAGGAUCGCAAAGUGUCGGAGCAGUUUUCGAGCGAUUCGUGCGAAACCGUCAUCGUGCAGCGGUCGGUCGAGGAGCUGCAGCCGCACGCGGAACAGGUGACGGCCAGCGAGGCGCUGCCGGACCGGGAGUACGAUGAGGAGAUCAUGUCUGCCACCGCGUACGGCAGCGAGCGCACCGUGACGGAAAUCAUAACCGAGGACCAUCGCGCUGUCACGCCGGACGAUUUCAUCGACGAGAUCAUCGACGAGGCGCAGGACAAGGUGCAGCGGCAGCUGCAGUCGGCCGAGGUUACCGUCGGCACGCUCGACCUAAGCCACUCGGAAGAAGAAUCGUUCGACAAGUCCGCCUACCCGAUGCAGGAGUACAUCUCGAGGCCGGGAGGCGGCAGCGGAUUCGAUGCUAAUGCGACCAUCGAAGACGACGACGAAGACGAGGAGGCGGAGCGGGAGCGGGAGAAAUGGAAAGAUACGUACACCGAACACGACGAUGCAUUACCGACGUCGACCAGAAGCGAAGGCGAGGAUGAUGGGUAUCUAGUGCUGGUACGGUCGGAGGCAGGCCGGCUGGUCGACGACGUGCUGGAGCAGAGCGUAUCGAUCGUCAGCAGCUCGCAGGGCCCGGGCCCGAUGACGAUCGAUCGAGAUCUGCAGCAACCGUCCGAAAGCGAACAGUACGCGAUCCGUAGCGACAUCCUGUCGUCUACCGAUGGCGAUCUGGUCGUCAAGUCGCCCACCAUCGAGUCCAUGUCCGGCAAAUCGUUCGAUGACAAUAUGAGCAAUCCCGAGUACGAUGCGCUGCUGCUCGGUACCGCCGGCUUUGGGGCACCUGCGACCGGGGCCGACGGCGGGCAGCCGAUGAGCCGGGCACUCGGUGCGGACGAUAGCGCCGCCGAGGAUGAGGGCAGCGAUGCAAAGCUGAGUGCCGAUGGCGCUGGUGCGGUCGCCGCGGCCACGAAAGACCAGGCGGCCGAGUCCGCCCGGCGGGCGAAGAAAAUCGACCGCAAGUAUGCCCGCCUGUCGGCCGAUCUCGGACCGGAGGCGCUGCUCGAUAAGAACCAAGAGUACGACGAGGCGAUCUCGCAGAUCAAAGACGAAGUGUCGAUGCUGCAGAGCGAAUACUCCAAAAUGAGCUGGGACGAGAGCGUAUCCAUGACCACGGGCGAUUUCGGGUCCAGCACACCCGACAACGAUCUGCAAGAAACAGAUUUGCAACUACAAACAGAAAAUAACAUACCCCAGACAACAACACCCCGCCUUGUGUCCCAAACAGUAGAGGCUGCUGCCCCGCCCACUAGCGCUGUCUCUGACGCUUUUGUUAGCGGGCAGUGUGCUGCAGUUGCUGCAACAACUACUAGCACCGUCACCACCACUGCUGCUAAUCUGCUAACCGACGCUAAUGAUGUUACCACCGCUGACCAAUGCUUCGCUGCUUCCGCUGCCAGUGUCGAAAGGACGGAGGAAAGCGUCCUCUCCACCACAACUACCACGGUCGGUUCCAUCAGCAACCCGGAACAGUCCUUCUCGAUCGCGUCCACCGAGCCGGACAGGCCGAGCGAAUCUUCCAGCAGCGGCGGCGGCGGCUUCGACGGUCAGCCCGUACCGAAGCCCCGCACCAGCAUAUCCUCCCGCACGGAUACGGCCACCCGGUCCAGCCUGCUGGAGUCGUUCGAGCAUCAGGAUUCGAUCGAGCAGUAUCCCGAACCGGCCCCGGUCCAGUCGGCCGAGACAGACCUCCGGCACCGGCAAGGGUCGAUCACGUCCGACGAGCUGUCGAACGUGGCCCAGAAGGACUCGAGCGAGCUGGUCACCAGCGAGGAGGACAUUUCGAGCGGUGCCAAGUUCUUCAUCGGCGAGUGUAGCAGCGAUAUCAUCACCCGGUCCAGCACCGAGAAGCGGUCGGACUUUGCGUUCGACAACGAGGGCUACACGUUCUCGCAGGAGUCGCAGGGUACGGACGAUCAGGAGUCGCGGCGCGACGCGAUGGAAGCGUACCAGCAGCAGAUCAAGCUGGAGGAUGGCUUUACCCUGGAUUCGCUCAAGGAGCUCGAUAUUGCUGGGCUGCGAUCGUCCGGCAAGCCGCCGGUGGUACAUUCGCCGGUAACAGCACCGGCAACUGUUCAGCCAUUUGCGGAGUCCCAGUCCGUGAAGUCUGAGGUGCAUGUGGGCGAAGCGACCAUUCUCGAAUCGACCACCACCGAACAGCAGGAGCAGCAGCAGCAGCAGUACGCGCACAUGACGAUCGACGAGCUGACCAUUGCUAAAACGCUCGAAGAGGUGAAGGAAUCGCUGGACGCCGUGCAGGAAGAGCUAAUCGAGGCGGUCACGGACGGGACGCCGAUCAAGCAGUCGCCGUCGGAGUUUGAGUUUAAGAUACUGCCCUCCACGCGCUACGUGCAGGAUCCGAUCUACGAAACCAACCAGGAGGAAGCGGUCGCCGUGUCGACGGCAACGGCCGCCGCCAUCACCACCACCACCAUCGUGAGCGAGAGCGGGCUGUCCGAUUCGGAGACGCGAUCGGUGGCUGCUGCAGCUACAGCGCCUCCGAUCAAGAUCGACGAAGCGCCAACGGCCGCCGGUUCGUCCGACAGCUCGCAGCUGGAAGCGUCGCCCCGUUUACGGCACGGUCCGGCUGCCGCCAAGGGUAACCGUUGGUCGGCAACGGAUGUGGACAGCUCGGGCGAAAGUCACUACCAAAGCUUCGAGCAUACGGACAGCAGCCGGCCGAUGUCGUCGGACCUGGAGCAGGUGCUGCCGUACGCUUCGUCCGAGUACGAAACCGCGCUGGAUCACUCGAUGGUGCCGACCUCGCUCGGCACCGAGUAUCACAGUGCGGUCAGCACGCUGCACUCCUACCCGGUCAGCUCGCACGACAGCAUGAAGAGCUUCGACUCGGAAAGCUCGGGCAAUCUGGCCAGCAUCGAAUCGGAGGCGACGGAAACGCUCGUACCGUCCACGAUGGACGUCGACUUUGACUCGUCCGAUGCGGCCCUCAUUCACGACGAUUCCGAGGACGAUCUGCGCGACAAGCUGCUGCUGCUGGACGACAAGGAGGAGCCGUCGUCCGCCGCGUCCAGCAGCGUGCCGAUUGCGAUGAAGCGCUCGCACGAGAUGGACUUUGCCGAGCUGAAGGGUGAGUCCGUGGCCGACGAGAGUCUGCUCCAGUUUGGCGAGCAGCGCAGCCACGGCGUGGAGUCGGUGUCGUCCUCGUUCCAGGAGGAGAAGCUGCUCAGCUCAAGCAUCGGCACGGCACGGGAUUUGGUGGAGGCGAUGCAGGCGACCAGCCUGGAGGACGUGAAGACGGAACCGGCGGACGAUGGCAAGCUGGGCACGAGCCUGGAAGACGGUAGCAUACUGUCGAUCAGCCUGUCCAGUGCGUCCAAUCUGGAAACCAUCAUGGAAAACCUGUCGGACAAGACAACGUCCACCGGGCCGGUUCCGACGCACGUGGAGAUUGGGCUGGACGCGGUAACGCCCACGACCGCCGGUACGACUGCCGGCUACAUCGGCGACAUUACGCUCACCUCGACCACGCUCAAGGAGGGAGACGUUAACUUCCUCAACACACAGGCGACCACGGAGAUGAUCGAGGUGAGCGAGUCGGCCGAGCUGAUCGCCGGCCGGGAGGACAGCGAAGAGACGGUGCGCAAGCGGGGCCACAAGCGCACCGAAAGUACCGCCAUCAUUUCCGGCAAGUUUAUGGCGGAAAUGGGCGAGAACCGCGACUCGAUCGAGUCGCAGGACGAGUCACUGUCGCAGGACGCCUCCAAACCACCGACCACCAGCUCGGAGCGGGACGAAACGCGGGACGAAUCGUCCGACUCCGACUACGACCGGUACGAGAGCGAGUACGCCCGUUCGUUCCGGGCGCCGGUAGCGCAGCCGAAGAAGAAGGACAAAAAGGCGGGCGACGUGUUCGAGAAGGACUUUGAGCUGGAUCGGCGCAACUCGUUCUCGCCGUCCCAGUCGGUGAUCGAAACGAUCGUCGAGGAUGUGCACGCCGAGAUCGAGCAGGGUGACGAGGCGCAGCAGAUUAUGGUGAGCAAGAGCCAGCGGCUGCAGGAGUACCGCGAGUCGUCCACGCACAACAUACCGGACAUUCACGUGACGGAAGACUUUGCCGAGCAGCAGCAGCAGCAGCAGUCAUCGGAUGGCGAGGAUGAAGCGAAACGGGAACCGAUUGUCUUCUCCGAGACGGUAAGCGUGGUGGAGACGGUAACCAAGACGCAAGCCGACGCAACGGUGUCGUCCUCAGCGACAACCGUAAGGAAAGUUACGAGCGAGACUGCGUCCACGUCCGCCGGCAUGACGAUGGCAAAGCAGACGGGCAUCCAGUACGCCAAGCAGGAGGAAUUUCAGCUCACCGAGGAGCAGUACCAGGAGCUGAUCGAGCAAAAGUACAAGGCAAAGCUGGCCGACUCCACCACCAAGUACGCGUUCGAUGCGGACGAUAAGGACGAUUCGGCCGGCUCGGACUCGUUCGAGAUGCUGGAGCAGCCGGACAUUUCGGACGAGUUCGUGAUCGUGGAGGAGGUCGCCCGGGAGGCGCACGAGUUCGACGCGGAGGGUAAAAGUGUCGCCAUCAAGCCCACCAAGAUCGAGAAGAAGCACGACGAGGACGUGGAGAAGAUACUGGUCAAGUCGGCACCGGCCCACACGAACGCCGGCUCGCUGUACGCGGCCAACAUGCGCGACGACAUGAUGUACGAGUUCGAGGAAAGCCCACCGACCGGUGGUGCCGAGGGCGUCGACGGCGGUGCCGGCGUCACGAUGGACCUGCUCAACAACGGGUACCCGCUGGAGGAGAGCAAGCGGUGGGUGGAGAUGCAGCUGGCGGAAACGCAAAACUUCCGCUACCCGUACGAGGACCGGCUGGAGGACAUCAAGGAAGAGGACACGGACUUCGAGGUGGGCAGCAGCCGCAUCGGCUCGAUCAAGGACUCGUUCUCCAGCACGCCCGACUACGAUCUGCUGGCGAAGCGGAUGGCGUCCCGCGAGCACGAUGACAUUUCCAUGAGCAGCCUGCAGGAGUUUGAGAAUCUCGAGCACGUGAUCUCGCUGGAAAACCGCAAGAUGCAGCAGGGCUCCCAGGACUCGCUCAGCAACGGUAGCUUCACGCGCCGGUUCAUGCAGCGCGGCAUGCACGGGGACGACAUCAGUCUGUCCAGUCUGAAGGAGUUCGAGGGGCUGGAGAACGCCUGUCUGGAGGCACAUCUGAUCGAGAUAAAGGCAAAGGAGGAGGCCGCCCUGCUGCUGUCGCGCUCGGACGAAUCGAACAAGUCGAACGGGUCGAACGGUGCCAAACGAAGUCCACCGUCGAACGGGGCUGCUGCGGUCGGUUCGCGCCAGCAGUCGGCGGAGGGUGCGGCAGCGACCAAAAUCAUCAGCAGCAGCACUUCCAUCACCACGACGGUAGUUGGUGGAGCCGUCGGGUCGAGUGUACCCAGUGGGGAAAUGACGAAGGUGGAAAGGAAGAUCACGACGGCAAGCGGCAGUGGUCGCGAAGGGUCUUCUACGACGACUGUCACGACGAUUACGCACGUGGAGGGUCAGACACGGCAGGGCUUGGACGAGGAGGACUCCACCUCGCACCACAUUCUAACCGUGUCCAGCGACAGUCUGGACGGUACGCGUGUGAAGCAACCGCUGGCCAGUGGUAGGGAUGCACUGCCGUCGGCACACUCGAGCAGCGACAGUCUGGACAUGCACAGCAAGAACAAUGUGGACCCGAUGACAAGCAGCAUCGAUUCGAUCGAGUUCUCCAAGACGGGCAUUGCGACGACGCGCUCCUCACAGUCCGAUUCGAUCGAGCAGAUGGCACAGCAGCAGCAGCAGCCCAAUCGCAGCGACAGUACCGACUCGAUCGAGGGCCAGCAGCAGCUCCAACAGCAGCAGAAGCUCCAGCACCAUCAGACGUACCAUCAGACCACCACGCAGCAGACGCUGAGCGACACCAAGCGAGACUCGCUGGAAUCACUGGCCGCCAGCAGCAGUGACAAUCAGAGCGGUUUCAGCAGUCCCACCAAGUCUGCCCACGGCUCUCGACCACUGUCGGACAGUGGAGUUGGAGCAAGCGGUACAACCGCUCAUCAUCAUCAUCAGCAGCAGCAGCAGCAGUUCCACCACCAAACAACGACGAUGUCCACGCACACGGUCAGCACCGGUGGGCGUACGAUGCAGAAGGACAUAUCGGCUGACUCACUGACCGGACCGGACGCAGCAUUCCUCACCAGCACCGAAAGCCUCGAAACGAGCUCAACGGCCACGAACGCCACCUACCAGAACGAGACGGACUCGCAGAUGUCGUCCAGCGUGACGAGCUGCGACUCCAUCACGAUGGUCGACACGGUAGGGCCAUCGCAAUCGCUCGAACACUGGGACAGCUCGUUUACGGCCGGCGUUCAUGGUGGUGGGUUCGGUGCCAGCUCCCUCAUGACCAGCUCCUCGAUGAGUGCCUACUCCUCCGGUGUAGUUGGCAGCAGCGGUGGCACCACAAUCCAGCAGCAGCAGCAGCAGCAGCAGCAGCAACACGCAUUCCGUACUUCGCAUGCGGAAGCAUCAUCCUCCAUCCGCAUGUCGUCGUCGUCUACGUCAUCGUCCACGGUGACGAUGGUGGCGAGUUCGGCGUCGUCAACGAGUGUUCGCACGGCGCAACAGCAGCUGAUGGGGGAAAGUGAACUAUUAAGUAGAGAACUGUUUCCAGGAGAAAUAGCUUUCGACGAUGUGAAGGAAACCAGCAAGGAACGAAUGCAAAGUAAAUCAACCGAAAAGGAAGAGUAAAUGUUGACGUCAACAAAAAAAAACAUGCGCUGGACAUCGUUGGAGCAUAAACGGUUGGCCGACAAGCGAGUGCAUGGUGACACGCAACAAGACAGAGCCCGCGUAGUGGGUGUGCGCAAGCAGUGUGGAUUUCCCGCCAUUUUUCCACGUUCUUCUCUACUCUACUUCUCUACGUACAGCCAAACCUUUUCAACCCUUUAAACUUACAAACGCGCGUUAAAAAUCUUAAACACAACCAGGGACACUGGGGAAUGGAGAAUGGGAAGAAAGUUCUUCCAGGUCGAUGCCUAUAGCUAUCGGUAGCCUUUUAACACAUGACGAUGAUCAACACACAGAAAAGGAAGGAUCGCAGACAAAACGGGGUUUUUUAAAGGAAGGAUUACGUAGCAAAAAGGGGGAAAAACAACCAAAGAAGCGUAGCUCAGUUCGAAACAUAUUCAGUUCCGCAUUCAAUGAACUAAACACUAAGCAUGUAAGUUCUCUCUUUCACGCUCUAUAUUCUAAACAAUUUCAUUCCAAGAAUAUGUUUUACACAAAACUAUGAUGACCAUUGACCGCUUAAGAGAAUAAACGCGAUGUAGGGCAAAUAUGAUGCAAAGCUGAGCGAUGGCCGAACGAUGGUCAAUGUGUAUAGUGUGUAAUGUGAGCUUUAUUGUAGCAUUGUUAGCUUCCUACUUUUGCGUCUAAGCAAGCGCCGCUUAUUCAUUAUCGUGCAUUGAUACCAUAAAAUCCAAAGCCAACCCUAAGUCAUCUAAUCCGCGUCGACGGUGUGACUUUAAUGCUAAGCUUCAAGCGUCUUUUAAGUCGAUUACUGGUGUGAGCAGCUUCUCCUUUGUGUGCAGCUUCUAUUUCAAGGCGAAUCUGUGUGUGUGUGUGUGGGUUUGUAGGAUGCGAGGUGUGUUCAUGCUUACGUUUGCUUUUGUACUACCGCUUUGGACUGACGAGUAAGGAGGAUUAAGGAAAAUAACACAAGUUGAUAAAAUGAAUUAAAAAAAAAAAACACACACACACACACCAACAGGAGAACAAGAUUCAAAGACCCAUUAGAGAGGACUCGUGUAGCCGGAUAGCUUUUAGUGCUGGGCAAUAUUGUAGCAACACGGGCCCCAGACAGUCAGCGAUAGACGGUAGAGGCGGUAGAAACGAUCGAAAAGAAACGACGAAAAUGAGGAAGUAUAUUUGAGAAUCUUUUUUUAAACAAACAAACCAAACGAUAUUGCUAAAGAACAGAAGAAAAACACUGUUGCAAGUAAUAGCAUGUUAUAGCUAAAAUAUACAUUUACUGAUCAAAUCAAACGUAUAAAAAAAAAACUUAUAUAUACACUACAGAGCGGGCUUGCUACGAAAUAAGAGAAAAGAUGAAAAAGAAAACUCCCUUUCCGAAAGACUAGAAAGGAAAAUCACCAAAACCGAUGAAAAAAAGCUGUAUUGAAUCGACGAAAGCACGACGAAGCGAAGUGAUUAGUAUAGCAGCAGAACAAGAAAAAGGAUAUUUUACCGAACGGGCAAGCCCACUUGCAUAAUAAUACAAUUUGCAUAAGAACAGAAUAGAGUUAAAAGAAAAAUGAGAAAACAAAACAAAAAAAAACAGCAGCAAAAAAGGGGAGGCAAAUAAAACGAACGAAAUGAUACAAUUCGUAGAAAAGAAGGUGAAAGCGGUGAAGGAGAUAUCGGAAAGGGGGAGAAAAACUCACAUAAAUCGCUACCACGUGCUACCAAACCUAAUUAAACAAACAAAACAUAUUAUUAAUACAAAAACCAAAAACAAAACCCAAUACAAAACCCAAACACAGCAUACUUACAUGGAUGUACUAUUUGCAAACAACAACCAAAAAAAACUAUGAAGAAUAAAAGUGCUUAUGACAAACAUA